UUUAUUUGAUAGAACUAGCAGCAAUGAAUCGGUUUGUAUAUGAAGAGGCUCGUUUAACAGAAAGCGAGUCGUUCGUAAGUCGCGAUCGCAACGUAAAAAUCUAUGAUGGAGAACAAAAGACGGAAUUUGAAGAUGGGGAAGUGGUGCUUACGACUCAUAGAUUAUUUUGGGGCCGUCCUGGAGAAAUAGCUCGCGCAGCCAUAACUCUUUGUCUGCCACUUAGCUAUGUUAUCUCUCUCAGUGAGGAAACAACAGCCUCAAAUUUUUUUGGACGCAAAACACGGAUAAUACUGCACUUGCAUCCGCCCAGCGUAAAUAAACCUCCUGGCCCAAUGGACACAAGUCGGGCUACCCACAUAAAACUCUCAGGUAAAAAUGGACUAAGCGUGGAGUUUCACACCGCGCUACGAGAGACUUUAAAUGCGCGCGUCUGGGCCAUCGCGUUGACGAGUGAGACCAUUGUGAAAGGAGCAGAGUCGAAGUUAAGUGUAGGCGAUAAAUUAUCUAGAAUUCAAAAACGCACGGGAAUAGGUGGAAUAGAGCGGCACCUAGAAGCGAAAGCCAAGGAAACGGACGAGAACAUAGCCCUUGCAUUCCAGGAUCUAAGUGUUCUUAUGGCUAUGGCAAAGGAUAUGGUAGGCCUAUCCAAAAAUAUAAGCAGCAAAAUACGUGAGCAAAGAGGUGAAAUAUCCGAGGAUGAAACAGUUCGAUUCAAAUCCUAUCUGCUCAGCUUGGGCAUAGAUGAUCCUGUGACACGCGACAAUUUUACCAGCAAUACGGCGUACUUUAAUAGUCUUGCUCAGCAAAUAUGCGAAAUGCUACUCGAUCCAAUCGAAGAACAUGGAGGCAUGAUGUCCUUGGCUGACGUAUAUUGUCGUGUAAAUCGCGCUCGUGGUCUGGAACUUCUUUCACCCGAGGACUUGCUGCAUGCAUGCGAACGCCUUAGUGGACCCCUUAAGCUACGUCGAUUCCCCAGUGGCGCCAUGGUUCUACAGCUCGAAUCUCAUGAUGAUGAGCUUAUUUCUAUUGACACAUUAGAAAAAGUGCGCUCUGCGGAAUCCUUGGCAGUGGAGGAGCUAGCUAAGCAGCUGAACAUAUCGCUAUUGUUGGCUAAGGAGCGACUGCUGGUGGCAGAGAGACUGGGGAAAGUUUGUCGGGAUGAGUCCGUGGAGGGGCUGCGCUUCUAUCCCAAUCGAUUGCUUGCUUGUGAUAAUGACUAUAAAUGAUAAUAAUAAUUCAAAGACUACGCGAGUUCAUAUGUCAAAUUAAAAAGUCCAGAUAAACACAAAGUUUGUACAUUCACACAACAAGACUGUUUUAUAUUUGAUUUAUCAGAAGUCUUUCUUAGAUGUAUUGUUUACUAUCCACAAUUAAGAAUAGCUUUUGUCUGCGAUUGGGUUCAGUUCUCCCGAAAGUCUUUAAACGAUAUUCGUUUUAUGUUUACGUUAAAUGAAAAGAUUCGACGUCAGGUAAUUAGAUAAGCAGUUAUUGAGUUGAAAUUACAUUUAUGUUAUUAGAUAUAUUUAAUAGCUUAUGAUGAAUUUUUAGAUUGCUCUUGUACUACUUUAACUCUUUUAAUUAUUCCUUAAAUUUUUCUCUGAAGACACGGGCUAAUGCGCGUUUUGGGCUUUCACUACCUGUUUCAUUGUAACAUUUAAAAUUUUGUAGGUAGUACCAUGUUUGCAUUCUUAAAUCACAUUUAUUAUAACAUUGAGUAAAUUAUUUUUGAGUGUAUGUGUUUAUUAAUGGGUAACUCUGGUUUUUGUUUUUGUUUUCAAUUAUUUGUAGAGUAAUUUGUAUAUUAUAGGCAUUUUUGUUUUUGUGUUUGUUUUACAGAAAAGCAUACUAUGCCAGACAUUUACAAUUACAGCAAGAGAUAAAACAA